AUGAAUUUUUCUUCAUCAAAAAAGUAUUCCAAAGAUUUAUUGAAGAAGUUUCGAAUGCUUAAGUGCAAGAGGAUUUCAACACCUAUGGAGCCCAAAUGCCAAAAUGUGCGCUCACGAAGGGAAGGAUUUGGAAGAUGCAACAAUGUAUCAGACAUUGUUGGUGUGAUGAGUCGAUAUAUGCAAAAUCCAAAGAAGCCUCAUUUGGAUGCAGUGCGGCAAAUCAUAAGAUGUGUGAAAAGCACGCUUGGCUAUGGAAUCAUGUGUAAGAGAGGUGGAGAUUGCAAGCUAGUUGGCUACUAUGAUGCUGACUAUGCAGGAAAUCAUGAUACCCAUAGUUCAACUACUAGGUAUGUUUUCAUGUUUGGAUCAGGAGCAAUUUCUUGGUGCAGCAAAAGACAACCGACUGUUUCAUUGUCAACAACAGAAGCAGAGUACCGAGCUGGCAGCAAUGGCAGCUCAAGGGAGUACUUGGCUUAUGUAACUAUUGAAGGGCUUGCAUCAGCUAACAGAGUAUACCACUCUUUUGUAUUGGGAUAA